AUGGCGUCCGGCACGACCAACACGCACGCACACACUGGUCACCACCAACGCCGUGUCUUAUUCCUAACAGGUGGAUGGGUUGCCAUGGUGUCCGCUGGCCGCGUCAUGGUAGUGAACCUCUUCUCCCGCGCCAAGGUGGUGCUACCGACUAAGCAAGGCGAUUACUCCAUCGACCCCUCCAAAAUCUCCAAAAUCAUCUUCUCGGAGGAACCCACCUCCGAGACUUGCAUCCUCGCUGCCAUCACCCACGGAUGCAUGGUCGCUCUUUGCGGAGUUAGUUCUGCUAAAGGGUGGACUAUGAAAGCAUGUGGCAUGGGGAUGCUCAAGGAUAUAGCCUUCUACCAUGGGGAGCUCUACGUGCUCCAGCUAGAUCGUCCGCUGGUCAGAUUGCUCAAGUUUGGCAUCAGUGGCGGCGCAAAUGAAGUUGCACUGGUCACGACAAUCCAGGCCGUGGUCAUCCAUAGCCUUCCUUAUCUUUUGUGGGAGGAAGACGAUGAUGUGGAUGUGCAUACCGUUUACAUUUUCGAGAUGGGCAACAAGCUGACGAUGGCAGUCAAGACCGGGGAGUAUUUCUUCCGCCUAUUUGAGCUAGUCAUCGAUGUCAAUUACCGUAGGUGGGAAGAGAUGACGAGCUUGCAUGACUACGCAUUAUUCUUGGGCCCAACGUGCUCCAUGGCCGUGGAGGUGUGUGCAGAAGGGCGUGGUGGCGUGCAGAGAAACCACAUCUACUACUCCAACGAAAGAUAUGGCCAUGUUCCUUCUCAUAAGAGGUAUCUUACAAAAAUGGCCGAUGGUCGUAUCGUGUACUACGACGAUGAUGAGAUAGUUUGCUACGACAGAAAGGUGAUUAUUUCCCAAGGAUUUUAUGGUGAGCGUGGCGUUCAAGCUGCCAUGUGGCUUGUCCCACCACACGUGUAG